GUGUUGUGACGCGCUGGACGCGCUCGCUGGGAUUUCACGGAAGAUGCUGAAGAAUCGGGAGCCGCUGGAUGUGCUGUGUGUGAAUCCUGUGGAACCUGUUUCACCAGCUGCUGAUGACACGUGGUCAGAAGUGUGCUCAUCGUUUCCCGUGGUCAGGAUUAAACCCGGCUGAACGCUGCCACAGAUAUCACACGUGCUACAGAAAGAACAAUGACGGGUUUUACUGCUGUAGCACCAGUGUGUUGUGAGCUUUCCGAGAGACAACCCAGUGAAGAUGAGACCAUGGUCCCAGUACUAACCUCCAAGAAAGCCAGCGAACUCCCAGUCAACGAAGUCGUGUGUGUCCUGCAGGCCGACCUGCAGUCGGGUCUGACCCGGGAGGAGGUGAACCGCAGGAGGGCGUACCAUGGCUGGAACGAGUUCGACAUCGGUGAGGAGGAGCCGCUGUGGAAGAAAUACAUCUUACAGUUCAAAGACCCUCUCAUUCUGCUGCUGCUGGCGUCGGCCGUCAUCAGCGUUCUCAUGCACCAGUUUGACGACGCCAUCAGCAUCACUGUGGCCAUCAUCAUAGUCGUGACCGUUGCCUUUGUCCAGGAGUAUCGCUCAGAGAAAUCUCUAGAGGAGCUCGGGAAGCUGGUUCCUCCAGGAUGUCACUGUAUCAGAGAUGGGAACUUGGAGCACCUGCUGGCCAGAGAGCUGGUUCCUGGAGACACUGUGUGUCUGUCGGUGGGAGAGAGAGUCCCAGCAGACCUCCGCCUCUUUGAGGCGAGCGACCUGUCUGUGGACGAGUCCAGUCUGACGGGCGAGACCAGCCCCUGCUCCAAGUCCACCUCCCACCAGCUGGCAGCCAGCAACGGAGACAUCGCCUCCCGCAGCAACGUGGCCUUCAUGGGGACGCUGGUGCGAUGUGGCAAAGCCAAGGGCAUCGUCAUCGGAACCGGAGAGAGCUCCGAGUUUGGGGAAGUUUUCAAGAUGAUGCAAGCAGAAGAGGCUCCUAAGACUCCGCUGCAGAAGAGCAUGGACCUUCUGGGGAAGCAGCUCUCUCUUUAUUCCUUUGGCAUCAUAGGGGUCAUCAUGCUGGUGGGGUGGCUGCAGGGGAAGAGGAUCCUCGACAUGUUCACCAUCGGUGUCAGUCUGGCGGUAGCGGCCAUCCCAGAGGGUCUGCCCAUCGUGGUGACGGUGACGCUGGCGCUCGGGGUGAUGCGCAUGGUGAAGAAAAGGGCCAUCAUCAAGAAGCUGCCCAUCGUAGAGACUCUGGGCUGCUGCAACGUGAUCUGCUCCGACAAGACGGGAACUCUGACCAAGAACGAGAUGACCGUCACUCAGCUGUACACGUCCGACGGGCUCCACGCCGAGGUGACGGGCGUCGGCUACAACAGAGAAGGAGAAGUGAUUGUGGACGGGGAGAUCGUCCACGGCUUCUCCUGCCCGUCCAUAAGUAAGAUCGUGGAGGUCGGCUGUGUGUGCAACGACUCCGUGAUCAGGAAUCACACUCUGCUGGGACGGCCGACGGAGGGAGCGCUCAUCGCCCUCGCCAUGAAGAUGGGGCUGGAGAGCUUGCAGAAGGAGUACGUCCGUCUGGAGGAGCAUCCCUUCACCUCGGAGCAGAAGUGGAUGGCUGUCCGCUGUGUUCCCCGCAGCCAGCAGGACAGGCCUGGACUCUACUUCGUGAAGGGGGCGUACGAGCAGGUGAUUCGAUUCUGCAGCUCCUACAGCAGCAGAGGAACCAGCCUUCCCCUCACCCACCAGCAGAGGGAGCUGUACCAGCAGCAGAUCAGCUACAUGGGCUCGGCCAGCCUGCGAGUGCUGGCGUUUGCGUCCGGUGCAGAGAUGGGGAACUUGACCUUCCUGGGUCUGGUGGGCAUCAUCGACCCUCCGAGGUCAGGGGUCAAAGAGGCCGUGGCCACGCUCAUCAGCUCCGGUGUCGCCAUCAAGAUGAUCACUGGAGACUCACAGGAGACGGCCGUGUCCAUAGCGAGUCGUCUCGGUCUUUUCUCCAAAGGUUCCCAGAGUCUGUCUGGAGAAGAAGUCGAUCAUCUGGACCUGCAGCAGCUUUCACACAUCGUCCCCAGAAUCGCUGUGUUUUAUCGAGCCAGUCCGAGACACAAGCUGAAGAUCGUCAAGUCGCUCCAGAACCUCGGCGCCGUGGUGGCGAUGACCGGUGAUGGCGUGAACGACGCCGUGGCUCUGAAGGCGGCCGACAUCGGCAUCGCGAUGGGCCAGACGGGAACCGACGUGUGCAAGGAGGCGGCCGAUAUGAUCCUGGUGGACGACGACUUCCAGACCAUCAUGUCGGCCAUCGAGGAAGGAAAAGGAAUUUAUAACAACAUCAAAAACUUUGUCCGUUUUCAGCUGAGCACGAGCAUUGCUGCGCUGACGCUCAUCUCUCUGGCGACACUGAUGAACUUCCCCAACCCGCUGAACGCGAUGCAGAUCCUGUGGAUCAACAUCAUCAUGGACGGACCUCCUGCUCAGAGUUUGGGGGUGGAGCCUGUCGACCCGGAGGUGAUCAGAAAACCUCCUCGUAACGUUAGAGACAGCAUCAUCGACCGAGGUCUGAUCGUCAAAGUCCUGGUGUCCGCGUUCAUCAUCGUCUGUGGGACGCUGUUCGUCUUCUGGAGAGAGUUGCAGGACAACGUGAUCACUCCUCGAGACACAACCAUGACCUUCACCUGCUUCGUCUUCUUCGACAUGUUCAACGCUCUGAGCUCGCGCUCACAGACUCGUAUGGUCCAUGAGAUGGGUCUGUGCAGCAACAGGACGUUCUGUUACGCCGUGCUGGCGUCCAUCAUGGGGCAGCUGCUCGUCAUCUACUUCCCUCCGCUGCAGAACGUCUUCCAGACCGAGAGCCUCAGCUUCUUCGACCUGCUGUUCCUGGUGAGUCUCACCUCGUCGGUGUGCGUUGUGUCGGAGGCCAUUAAGAAGCUGGAGAGGUGGAGGGGCGUUCAGAGGAGCCCCCCCACUGACUGUUUCCACGAGGUAUGACCCCCCCCCCCACACACACACUGCAGUCAGGAGGCCAGUUCUAGGAUCUCACUGACUCGUUCAGACUGAAAGGACUUGUGGGACCUUCCCGUGAGACCCUGGGACUCUGGUCUGGACCCGGAGGAGACGGACUGAGACCAGAUGGAAAACUUGAAUUAAAGGUGGGAGGACAAGAUGGCUGCCGGUGUCCUGACUCUGUGCUCAGUGUAUUUAUUACCACGGCCCCCCUGUGCUCAGCCUCGCUGUAGAUCCCUGUCAGGGUCAAAGGCCACGGACCACCGCCCACACCCUCCCACCGGGAACUGGCUCGUGAUUUUGGACGCACGUUAGAAACCCCUCUGAUGAAUCAAAUACUAAAGACGUGUGCAACUGUUUGUGUCCUGUCCUUUUUAAAUGAUCGAGUAGAAGGAGGCGUCGACCACGUCUGGACUGUGGCUGAGCUCACAACAUGGUGGAGGUGUGACGGUGCAAAACCAGUUUGAUGCUCGAGCUUCAUGAUCGAUUCCCUUCAAAGUUCUAAAGAGAAACAGUGAAGACCAGCUUGAACGUUUCUCACCUGAGACUUGAAAACUUAAGAAAAAAUAUAUUCUUAAAACCUGAUUUUAAUUUGUUUUCUUUAUAAAAUUCAAUAUAUUUGUGAUUAAUAAGUUUUGGGAACAAAAAUAUAAUAACAUCAAAUUUCAUUAUUAAUGAACCUUAUUCUCAUUUUAAGACAUGAAAUAUUGAUGUUUGCUUUAUAUCAACAUUCAGAUUCUGUCGUGACUGUAACUCUCAGAACACACGUGUUACACCUCCACCUCCGGCUUUCUUUCUGCUAUUCAUAGGAAAAAUAAAUGUCAUGCUUCCUCUUCCACUGGUUUAUUUAAAUUUAAAACUCUGCUGCUGUUUGAAAGGUGGAAGGAGAAAAUACAUUUUCUAACCUGAGUUUUCCGUGAACGUGGCGUCUUCAGUCCCGACGCGCUGUCUCAUCUUGUGCCUUAGAGAAGUCGUCCCUCGUCUGUCUCCGUGGACGCCCUUUACUCACUGACGGUGUCUCUGUUCAAUCGUGAUUCACUUUCAGAUUCUCCCGAAGGUUUAAGCCACAAUAAUUUGACUUUUCAUUUUCAUUUCUGGUAAAAUUUAGAUUUUUUUAUUCAGAAUUUUCUUCCACCUUUGAUCACUGUCGAGGAGUCGCAGUGCUUUCUGGGAAACGUGGUUUACUUUGCUGUCUCUCUGUUGAAAGUUGAUUUUAAAAUACUUGUAUUUAAUUUAUUUCCAAAAGGCACAUGUGGGCUGUUUUAAAUCACUCUGCUGCUGUUUCCAGCAUCAAAUCCUCUUUUUUGUCGUAUUGUUCACGACUCGGUUUCCUCAUGAAAUUAAAGAUGAUUUAUCUGAAAUAACAGCAGAGUCCAUUUUUCUUUCAAGUUUUCAUUUCUCAUGUCAGUAAAUUAAUGAGAUUAUAUGUUGGCAGAGAUAUUAAAGAGUUUUUU